AAAAGCUGGAAUCCGUAUCAAUUCUGGCUCUAUUCUCUCGUAUUCCCAGCUGAAUGAGCAGUAAACGACGUCACGAACGAUCUGGCGUCCCACAAGGCGAUCAACACAAACUAUGGCUUCCGACAGAAAGACAGCAAGAUUCAGACUCUGAUCACCGGCGCUAUAAGCAAACGACCACAGCACAUGCUUCUGCCUUCAGACAUCAUGGCGGACAGACUGUGGACGCCCGGCAGACAGAGGGGAGACCGUCCAAUCGUGAUCGCGGCUACAAGUCAGACGGCCAAUAUGUUUCCAACUCUCUUCCGUCUUCCCACCAGUAUUAUGCCGGCCCUUCGAGCAGAACCCUCCAUCAUGCUGCUAGAAUACCCUCUGCACAACAACCUGCUCCAAAUCAACUCCCUUCCUCAUCCUCAGCGUACCAUGUGACAUCUAGUGCGCCUACGUACCAACAGCCCCCUCCGUCGCGUCCUCAACCACCAAGAGCACAAACCGACGCAUAUGAUCCAAGGAUACACACGCAUAAACGAGCUGCGCCUGCCCCGACUCCUCAGUCGUCCUACGAGAAAGUUUCUAGUGC